AUGGACGCUAGCCAAAAGCGGGCAUUUAAUUUAAGAGUGCUGAAGCAGCACGACGAAGCUGUGGAAGAUAUACUGGAUGGGACGUCGUACGCGGUACUGUACAGCUUCGUGGAAGGCGUUGGUUGGAGGAAGGAGAUGGUAGAAGGAUCCAUGUUUAUAUUUACAAGAAGCGUCAUGCCUAGAUAUGGCUUAUUCAUCCUGAACAGAUCUGGGCCAGAUAACUUUAUAACGCUCUUUACUGGCACAGAUGAUCUUCAACUGACGGGCGACUACAUUAUUUUCAGACCAGCCGACGAGGAUGCUAUAUGGGGCGUUUGGGUAUUCGACGCCACCCACAGACCUCGUAUAUCCAAGUGUAUUGAGAAGAUUGAGCGUUUAGCUGCGAAAGAGAAGUCAUCCACAAAGCCCAAGCAGGAUUCACUCGUUGAUCCUGCUAUUGCCAGUAUAAGCCAUUCCCCAGCUAGUGCACAGGACAAGGGAAAUCACGAGAAUAUCGAGCAGCAACCAGGCCAACCACUUUCAGUAGAUGAUCUUUUUGGCAACUUCGACAGCCCCGCCCUGUCAGCGGCGAACGCUGCACCUGCUCCAUCUACACUGCCGUCCGUCAGCCACAAGUGGGGCAAGCUACAGCAGUCCCAGCCUACACCAUCGCAAUAUGAGGACGUAAAGGUAGAUGGCACACAGCAGCUUCUUUCUUUCCUUGGUUUGCCCCCUACAGCUACCGUCGACGGCAGUAAUGGCGUCUCAGUGUCGAGUGUGCCGAGUGUGCCGAAUAUGUCGAGUAUGCCGAACAUGCAGCAGCAGCAGCAGCAACAGCACUCUCAGCAGCCUCAGUACGUUCUACACUCCACAAACAACCAACCACCCCCUCAAAUGGGCAUGUAUGGGCAGACAUUACCCCCAUUGUCGCCCUUCUCACCCGCUGUUCAUCCCUCGCAUACACCUCACACUACUCACUCCACUCAUACACCUCCGCUUUCUAUCCCUAUAGAUGCUCGCGUACCACAGCAACCCGCUCACAUGCACACUCCGCACAUACAACCAAGCGUCCCGCCUACGCCACUCCCCUUUUCCGCCGUGACUCCGUCCGCUACUCCCUCAGAGCCGCGCCACCCGAUCGUGCUGAAUGACGAGCUGGAGAGUCUCAAAAAGCUCACUUUCGAGGAGAAAGGGGGUGAAUUUGAGGCAGAAAGAGAGAAAGAAAGAGAGAGAAAAGGAGAGAAAGAAAGAGAAACUGAGAAAGAGGAAAAACAGAAGCAGCAGAGUUCACAAGCAGACACGACAGCACCUCGCAACCACCAAUUCAACAGGAAUUUCCCCCCAUUGGGCAUUUCCCCACCUACCGCACCUCGAGCAGAGAGAGAACGUCAGCAGAAGAUGAUGGAAAUGCAGCAGCAGCAAAAUGAUGACCUUAAACCCUCGCCUGGCCUGUUCAACCCUGGAAUUAGGACGCAGGUGAGGACUGUGCCAAAGACACGCAAACCUUCAGCUAUAGGUGGCAUGGGGAUUAUUCAACGUCCUUCAGUUAUAGAGUCACAAGGUAGCGGAGAGGCUGGGAACAUAGGCAAAGUGGGGCAGGCGCAAGUACCACAAGUGCCACAAUUACAACAAAUGCAACAACUUCCACCAUCACCUCAAAUGCCGCAAGUGUCGCAGGCACCCCAGCAACCACAAGUACAACCACCACAGCACAUCCAGCACCUAUACGCACAACCCUCACCACAUACAAAACCUCCGCAACACACACCAGAAGUGGCUAGGAUAAGCCCUCAAGUGGGAUUAGACGUGAUGACACCGACACUCACCCUGCUACGUCAUCCAAGCGGACAUAAGUUAGACGAAAGGGGAUUUAAGCAGGCAUUGGCGUCACUUAUAUUGGUGUGUGCAAUCGGUCUGUUGAACCCUUAA